AUGCUCCGGCUGCACCACGUGGGGCGUCGUCCGCAGCAACUUCCUCGCAGGAGCAGCAGCUUCUUCUCGACAUCACGCAUAAGCGAAAAAGCCCAUGCAAAUGCUACAGCGUCAGCGUCUCCAGCCAAGUCGAAAGUCGUUCGCAAGCUCAUUGUGGGGCUGGGCAACCCCGGCGACAAGUUUUACAAGACGAGACACAAUAUCGGAUCUGUGGUCGUCCAGCACUUUGUCGACACGUUUGCGUCGCAAGUGACGGCCCAGCACUUGCAGCUGCAACGGGACGCGCAAACGCACGGCGACGUCGCGCGCUUUCGCGUUGCGUUUCCGUGGAAAGUUGGACCUGACGAUGGCCCGUCCGGCAGUUACCCGGUGGGCGAUCUCGUGAGCCGCUCGUCCAAGCGCGCCAAGGAACGCACGUUGCAAGAAGGUGUGCCCCACGACCAGGUGGACGUCGCCGUGCUGCUGCCUUCGACGUACAUGAAUGGCUCGGGCACUGCCGUCCGGGCGUUCCUGCAGACGCACCGCUGGCGACUGAAGAAGAACCCGCUGGCGCUGAACCGCCACGACGACGAGCUGCUCGUGGUCACGGACGACGUGGCGCUGCCUUUUGGCGCGUGUCGGGUCAAGGCACGCGGAGGUCCCGGAGGUCAGAACGGCGUGCGGGACAUCAUCAAGUGCGUCGGCACUGACCGCUUUGCUCGCCUGCGCAUUGGCGUUGGCGCUCCGCACUGGUUCGUCGGAGGCAAUAGCGGUGCGCCCGCGGGUACGGCCAUGGACAAGUUUGUGCUCGGGCGCUUUCACGGCGACGAGCAGGACGCCAUGCCGGACUUACUGCGCUACACGAAUGAGCUCUUGCGGCUGUACCUGCAUCGAGGCGUUGCUCAGACGACUACCGUGGCCAACAGUAUGGACUUGCAGCAGUACUUGCAGCAGUACGACGCGUCGCGCGCAGCAGCUGUACGUCGGUAA